UAAAUAAAUAGAUAAAAAUGUUUUAUAAUUGACAUCAUUAGCAGCACAAACCUCCAUAGAUUCCCUUUAUAUUGCCCACCGUCCCAACGCUAUCAUCACCUUGUCGGCCUCUUUGAUCUUCCCUCCCUUCUUCUCUCUCUCCCACACACACAAAUAACAAUCAAAAACUCUCCUUCCGUCUUUUCUUCACAGCCAAACACACAUUUCCAAACCCCUCUCUCUCUCUCUCUCUCUCUCUCCUCUUUGUUUGCAGCAAAAGAAACUAGUACUGUGACUGCUUGUUUAGAUCAAACACAAGCCAAAGUGACCACCUGAUUAUUCGCAUCACACUCCUCACUCUUUACAUAUACAAUUGAAUUUAUCUCUGUUGUAUUUAAUCAAUCUCUCUGAUCUCCCUCCAGUCUCCUCCACUAUCCAGUGUUCACCAUGCAACAUGAACAAUUCAAUAGCCUUCCAAGAAGCAGUAGCUGCAAAAGCACCAAAAGCAUCAUGCCUUCAAAUUACAUGAGAUCAUCAUCAUCUUUCAUCUCCGAACCCGAUGACAACAAUCCCCUUAUCCGAAAGGGCUCUCCGGUGGCCUUUCAACGCCUAUCCAAACCCCGAAGCCGAUUCUCCACUCUCCUCCGAUCAUUCCUGAACAUCAUUUCCUUCCCUUCAAUCAUCAUCCCCAGCUGCCGCUGGUUCACCAUACCAACCCACUUCUCCAUAACACCAUCACUCGGCCGAAAAAUCACCGGCACCCUCUUCGGCCACCGCAGAGGCCACGUCAGCUUCGCCGUCCAAGACGAUCCCCGAUCACCACCAGUCUUGCUCAUCGAAUUGGCCGUCUCAACAUCCACGUUGGUGAAGGACAUGUCGUCUGGGUUGGUCAGAAUUGCGCUCGAGUGCGAAAAGGGACCACCGCAGGCGACGGCGCGUGGGCGGCCGGCGAAGCUGCUUAGUGAGCCCAUGUGGACCAUGUAUUGUAAUGGAAGGAAGUGUGGGUACGCGCUUUCACGCGCGUGUAAUGAGUCGGACUGUCACGUGCUUAGCACCGUGCAGAGCGUGUCGGUCGGAGCGGGUGUGAUUCCGGUGGUGGAUGAUGGGAGGAAAGGGAGUGGGGCGGAGGGUGAGUUGAUGUAUAUGAGAGCGAGGUUUGAACGAGUUGUGGGGAGUCGUGACUCGGAGGCGUUUUAUAUGAUGAACCCGGACGGCAAUGGUGGACCUGAACUCAGUAUUUUUUUGCUUAGACUGUGAAAGACUCGCCUUUGUGAGUGUUUGGAAAGUGGAUUUUUAUGUAGGUUUUUUUAGUUGUACAAUAUUAUUUGAUAAAUUUUUUUUGGUAUUUGAAAAGAUAGUUGAGUUUUUUUAUAGUUAGAUGUGAUAUUUGUGAGAGAAAAAAUUAAAUAAUUAUGAGAUUAUAUGUGAUAUUUUGUUUAAAUUUAUUUUUUUUUAAUUUUAUAAAAAAUUUGUCUUUUAAUAUAAAAAAUCAAAAAAAAAUCAACCCAUAAACUUUCCAAACACCACCUUUAUGUUUCAUUUGUAGUUUGGCUAUCAAAUGUUAAUUUAGAUGUAAUGAUAAGUUCUUCUGUUUAGUUGGAUGAGACAAGAAUGGUUUAGUGAA